AUGAGCCAGCUACUCACGGCGCGACAGGCGGAGGAGCUACACAAGUCAAUCAUUGCCUACUUGGCUUCGGCGAACCUAUCCCAAAGCUCCACAGCGUUGCGAGAGGAACUAGGUGACUCGGUCACGGUCGAUGACUCUACACUCAAGAAAUAUGAGGGACUCUUAGAGAAGAAGUGGACUAGUGUAGUCCGAUUACAGAAGAAGAUUAUGGAUUUAGAAUCGCGAUGCGCCUCACUCCAGGCUGAGCUGGACACCGCGACUCCCACGUCGUUGUCACGAAGAAAUCAGGACCCCGCCUCCUGGCUGCCCCGAGCGCCGGGUCGUCACGACCUAGAGUCCCAUCGACAACCGAUUACCAGUGUCGCUUUUCACCCGAUUUUCUCGUCUCUCGCGUCCGGCUCAGAAGAUACGACCAUUAAGAUCUGGGACUGGGAGCUGGGCGAGCUCGAACGCACGAUCAAGGGUCACACGAGGGCUGUCUUGGAUGUGGACUAUGGAGGCCCGCGAGGGGGGACUCUCCUUGCAUCCUGCUCCUCGGAUCUCACUAUCAAGCUGUGGGACCCUGCCGAUGAAUAUAAAAAUAUCAGAACCCUACCAGGCCAUGAUCAUAGUGUUUCUGCGGUUCGCUUCAUCCCGUCAGGGGCCGCAGGAUCUCCAAUGUCAGGGAAUCUCUUGGUUUCCGCGUCUCGGGAUAUGACCUUGCGGAUAUGGGAUGUAACGACAGGAUAUUGUGUCAAGACAUUGCAGGGGCAUGCCGCCUGGGUACGUGAUGUUGUACCCUCUCCAGAUGGCCGAUUCCUCUUUUCUGCGGGUGACGAUCAAGUCCCUCGGCUAUGGGAUCUCUCUUCGGGAGAGACAAAAGCUACCUUCUUGGGCCAUGAACAUUACAUUGAGUGCGUUGCUUUCGCUCCAGCCACCAGCUAUCAGUAUCUUGCACCUCUUGCUGGCCAGAAGAAGCCACCGCCAACCUCCUCAUCUGCAGAGUUUGUUGCAUCCGCAGGUCGUGAUAAAACCAUUCGUCUGUGGGAUGCACGGGGUAACCUGAUUAAGACCCUGGUAGGCCAUGACAAUUGGGUACGGGGCUUGGUCUUCCACCCUGGUGGGAAAUAUUUGCUGUCGGUAGCAGACGACAAGACACUGCGAUGCUGGGAUCUUACCCAGGAAUGCAAGUGUGUGCGUACGAUUGAGGCUCAUGACCACUUUGUCAGCUCAAUUCGGUGGGCACCUCCUUUGAUCAAGGAUACUGGUGCGAAUAGCGAGGCUGGAGCCAACGGUACGGCAUCUGGUGUAAAUGGCACAAAGGAAGACCCCAAUGCCGCGAAUAAGAUGUCGAUCAGAUGUGUGGUUGCAACUGGCAGUGUCGACCUCAAGGUCAAGGUCUUCGCAUCAUGA